UGGUGCGCAUAUUUUGAGGGCAAUCAUAAUUGGGUGGAAAAAUUGCGCAUUUAAGAAAGAAGUCUGUUGAUAGUAGGACCUUAAUUAUUCGAUCAAAGUGUGAAAGCCGAUAGCAACGUUGAGAAAGAGUGCCAAUUUCCAAAGUAACAUUGACGAAAACAUAUUUUGCCUACUCAGUCAUUGUACAUUAAUUCAACAUACCUGCAAUAAUGUCGGGAAAACUACGAGGAGGAAGGACGAGUAUCACAUGGGAUAGUUCGACAGACGAGGAUGAUGAUACGUACGAGUCGAAAUAUAAAUUGAGAUUGAGAGAUUCAUUAAGGAAUCAGCAACAAUCUCAUGUCUCUGAGAAUGAGACUCCUCUAGAAACACGAAAGCGAGGCAGAGGACCCUCCAAGAGGCCCUGUCUUAAUAGGAACGCUCUAAUGGCUCGAGAGAAUAGACUGAGGAAAAAAGCAUAUGUGGAAAAGAUAGAAAACAAGUUGUCAUUUUAUCAGCAAGAGAAUAAGAAUUUGAUUAGUGUUAUAAGGAAGCAAGGUAUCGACAUUAAAAGAUUGAGCACUGAGGUUGCUUACCUCAGGAGUGUUUUGAAUAAUAAUACAAGUUUGUCAGCAUUGCUCAAAACUAUCAACGAAGGUCUCCAGAAAAUGAGUACACAGAAAAAUAAUUCGUUAUACCCAAAUCGUGGAUCUGAAUAUCCAAAUGAUUUGGGAACUCACCACAAAUGUACUUGUUAUACAAAUGUGAAGGAGAAUAUAUUAAAUGCUCAGAAUAGUAACAUAUUUAUCACGAAUGUUAACAAUGAUGUAUUAACUGAGCAGGAUGCAACAGAAAGUCAAAUAAAUGAAUGUCAGACGAAUACUAAGAAGCCAAUCGCAUUUGAUACGAGGAGUAGUCCGAAGAAGAAAGAUAUGUUGAACACAACAACAGAAUCGAUAUCAGAAGAUUGUUAUAUGGACAGUACAAAAGAUUUGGACAGCUUAUUGCCAAUUAAUCAAAUAGAUUUAUCCAGUAUAUCCAAUAUAGUUGAGAAGAAGGAUACAGAUGCAAUUGGUAUUGAUUUUGAUCAGUUGUCUUCAUUCAAUAUGGAUAUAUUCGAAGAUCUCCCUAAAUGCGAUGAGAUGAUGAAUGCAGUGGAUGAUUUAAAUGAUACAACGAAUCUCUUCACGGAGGGACAAAUAGCUGGGAGUACAGAUAAUUGUGGAAUAUGUCUUCACGUUAAUUCCGAUAGAAUAUCUUUGGAAUUUUGUUCCAUAUGCCACUUGAAUAGCAAAAACUCGGGAUCACAAUGAAGGGGGAAUUGAUCGUGAUUUAAACUUAAUUGACAAUGGGUCUCUUAUUGAGGAUAUCACAGAUUUGGCCAGAGAAACUGAAAGUAUUUCUCGAUCAGUGGGAUAUCAAGUAUAAGAAAAUAAUAGAAUAAUGUACAUCAGGGAGAAGUAUCUAUGUCAGCAUCUAGGUCUACCUACUAUCGCAACAUUAUAGAACUAUUUUCCUCGUGGAGCGAAAGUUGCGUUAUCUUAUAUUCUUAUUACUUACAUAUACAUAUACUUAUAUAUAAUAUAAUCAUAUAUCAUAUAUUGUAUGUACACACGUGUAUACACGUAUACUAGGGUGAUUCUUAUGAUAUAUAAGACACUAUUAUGGAUCACCCUAGUACAAAAUGUGUACACAUGUAUACUUACUUUGUAAACACUACAUUUUUUAUGAGAGUAAAGUUACAGGACAUUGUAUUCGUUAAUGAGUACAUUUAUCACAGGUUUCAUUACUGAUACUUUUCAAUACCGAUAUUGAAAGAAAUAGGAAUUCCUUUUGUAAGACGUUUUCAUUAUAUUUAGUUAUAGUUACUAAUGAACCAGAGGACUAUU